CAUGGCGCAUCCACCAACUGCGUCAACUGCGAUUUAUUUCAGCGCCCUGACGCUCACUACCCCGACCUCGAGCAUGCCUCUUUGAUAACAACAUCUUUUGCAGUUAGCAAUGGGUCUCGAGAACGUCAAGCACGUCGUGCUCAUCCUCUCCGGCAAAGGGGGUGUCGGAAAAUCAAGUGUCACUCUCCAACUCGCCCUCUCCCUUACACAGCAGGGUCGCAAUGUCGGAAUCCUUGAUAUUGAUCUUACCGGUCCCAGUAUACCUCGCCUCCUCAAUCUGGAGGACAAAAAAGUGACGCAGGCUCCUGGUGGCUGGCUACCUGUCAAGGUACACGACGCAAGAGAAGUGGAAGACAAUGACAAAUCUACAAGAGGCUCUCUCCACGCGUUAUCCUUAGCAUUCCUCCUUCCUUCCCGCUCUUCAGCUGUCAUCUGGCGUGGGCCAAAAAAAACCGCAAUGAUCAGACAGUUCGUUUCAGAUGUUAUGUGGCCGCCAAACACCGACUACCUCCUCAUCGAUACGCCACCCGGCACAAGUGACGAGCACAUUGCGAUCGUGGAGGAACUACAUAAACUUGCUGCCGAUGUGCAGCCCGUGUCAACUUCCAACGGCAAUGGCCUAGCUCUCGAGAUUGACACCAGACCAAAACUUUCCGGGGCAGUGGUGGUCACUACUCCACAAGCCAUUGCGACAGCCGACGUGCGCAAAGAGCUGAAUUUCUGUGUAAAGACGCAGGUCCCAGUGCUUGGAGUCAUCGAAAAUAUGGCAGGCUACAUGUGCCCGUGCUGUGGCGAGAUAAGCAAUGUUUUUAGCAAGGGCGGGGGGCAGAUUAUGGCCAGCGAGGCCAAUGUUCCCUUCCUGGGCUCGGUCCCCAUCGAUACUGGCUUUGGGGCCUUGGUCGAAGGCGUGAAAGAUGUGCCAAAUUCCGCCUCGGACGCUGCUGCAACGAAUGGUCACGAUCCCGGGCAGUCUGCGGAGUUGGUCGAGAGAUACAGGAAAUGUGGGUUGAGUCCUCUUUUUGCUGGUUUCGCCACGAGGAUAGACCAAAAAUUACAGAAUUCGCCUGUCCCUUAAACAAUGCCCGUUUCUAUUCAUCGUCGGUGGUUCCUUUCUACAAGCCGUUGGAUGAUAAAUAAGGGCCAGCGGCAUGACUCGGCAUCCAAGACUCAACUAUCCUUCCAGCAGAUUCAUGAUGAUUGAUGCUGACCAGAGUUACGGACGAGGAAUGACAUCAGAAUUAUAGCAACUCUUCAAGGUCUCAAACCCAGUGUCUAAGGAGUUGAAGACUUCGCGUUCUAGGCUUGGACGGCAGUCAUCCGUGCAUUGCCUGGACUCUGCGAGGGAUUUGUCUCUAUAGACGGAGCUGCGGCGCAAGAUUGGAUGAUGCACCGAGCCGUCUCCCAUGCCCAAAGAGCAUUCUGAUCCACCCAUUUGACGUCCAUGAGACUCUCAGUUGAGGAGAGUCGAAAAUCGGGACCAGCAGAUCCUCCGGCUUCGGGACCCGAGGGCUGUUGGACAUUCAAUGAUGGUGCAUCUGCAUCAAGGGCCCGUUUGACGAGAUGAUCUUGUCUCUCAUCAGUUCCUGGGGGAAUGUUCACAGACUCGGGUCCGGGUCGAUCAAUGGUGUCGGAGAGCUCGUUGCUAUUCGAACUUGGCAGCUGUGCAUCUCCUGUCUCAGGAACAGGAUUGCUCAGCUGUUGUACAAGGUUCGGAUUGAGCGUCGGUAUAUUCGCAGGUUCGAGGAUUUCGUUGAUAAUGCUGGGAGUAGCCACGUCUGGUGUCAAGAUCGGCUGGGUCAGCUGCUGCAUUUUGGCAAGCAUAGUAGUGCUCAAGCGUUCUAGCCACAUGUCACGGCGUGGAGAUUGUGCGAUGAUGCUGUCCAUCCAAUUUGCGCGUAGUUUUGAACCCAUAGAGCUCAAGGUAUGGGAUCUUAUCGAAGACGAUGCGCUGGUCCCGUGGCUGCCCGUGUCCUGAUGGUUUCCAAUUAGGGAAGCAGAGGAGGAUGUCGAGGAUGAUAGCAAUGAGGAUGACGAUGACUGUGGCGAUGAGCCUUCACUCUGGUCCAUGCCGUUAAUCAAUUCAAUCGCUCCAAUCAUUUGCGUCCG